CUCUACGACGGGGCCGUUUUGCCGGUCUGUGGCGGAAGGCAGCGGACGGCCGAUGGCGGUUCUAUGCGGGAGGCCUUGCUGACGCUGCCCAGCCUUCUCCGGGGUCUCACCGGGCCCCGCUUCGGAUAAGACAUGACAUCCUUUCAAGAAGUCCCAUUGUCUCUUCAGACUUCCAACUUUGCACAUGUCAUCUUUCAAAAUGUGGCCAAGAGUUAUCUACCAAAUGCCCACCUGGAAUGUCAUUACACCUUAACCCAGUACAUCCAUCCGCACCCCAAAGAUUGGGUCGGCAUCUUUAAGGUUGGUUGGAGUACAGCUCGAGAUUAUUAUACAUUUUUAUGGUCUCCAAUGCCUGAACAUUAUGUAGAAGGAGCAACAGUCAAUUGUUUAUUGUCAUUUCAAGGGUAUUACCUUCCAAAUGAUGAUGGAGAAUUUUAUCAGUUCUGUUAUGUUACCCAUAAGGGUGAGAUUCGUGGAGCAAGUACCCCAUUCCAAUUUCGAGCCUCUUCUCCAGUUGAGGAACUACUGACUAUGGAAGAUGAAGGAAAUUCUGACAUGUUGGUGGUGACUACGAAAGCUGGCCUGCUUGAGUUCAAAAUUGAGAAAACAAUGAAAGAAAAAGAAGAACUGUUAAAGGUAACUGCUGUUUUGGAAAAAGAGACUUCUCAGCUUAGAGAACAGGUUGGAAGACUGGAAAAGGAACUUAACCAUGAAAAAGAGAGAUGUGACCAGCUACAGACGGAGUGCAAGGGUCUUGAUGAGGCAUCACAAAAUCUACAAGUGGAAAAUGAGGAGCUUAAGAAGAAACACAGUGAAGCAACUUCAAAAGUUCUCCAGCUGGAGGAGGAUCUUUUGACUGUGACACAGAGAGCAAUCACAAAGGAGACAGAAUUAGACAGUUUAAAAGACAAACUCAAGAAGGUAACACUUGAAAAAGAGCAACUAGAAUGUCAGUUGAAGACUGAAAAGGAUGAGAAAGAACUUUAUAAGGUGCACCUGAAGAACACAGAAAUAGAGAACACCAAGCUAGUCACAGAAGUCCAGACUUUAAAGAAUCUAGAUGGGAACAAAGAAACUAUGAUUGCCCAUUACAAGGAGGAGGUUGGUAGACUUCAGCUCUGUGUAGCAGAAAAGGAAAACCUUCAGAGAGCCUUCUUGCUUACAACCUCAAACAAGGAUGAUGCUGCAUAUCUAAAAGAACAGCUUCGCAAAGCAGAGGAACAGGUUCAGGCUACCCGGCAAGAAGUUGUGUUUCUGGCCAAAGAGCUGAGUGAUGCAGUCAAUGUGAGAGAUCAGACGAUGGCCGAUCUCCAUAGUGCCCGGCUGGAAAAUGAGCAAGUCAAGAAACAGCUGGCGGAGACUGUGGCUGAACUGAGAGUGGCUGUUGUGAAAAAGCAACAGGAGAAAACCGAUCCUGUUGAGCAGGACCUGCGCAGAGAGGUGGAGGACCUGAAGCUUCGUCUACAGAUGGCUGCAGACCAUUACAAAGAGAAAUUCAAGGAGUGUCAGAGGCUCCAGAAGCAAGUGACCCGGCUCUCUGACCAGGCCAAGACUGGAAACCAGCAGAAAGUGACGGAUGCCUCAAGCAACACAGAGAUAGCUGACCCUCCCAUUACCAUUAAGCUGUCAGCUGGCACAGUUGGACUUGCCACAUCUGAGAUGGUUUCUGAGAGGGUAACAAAGAACCAAGUCUGCGAAAUGACCAAAGAGAUUGCUGAGAAAACAGAAAAGUAUAAGAAAUGUAAACAACUGCUCUUGGACGAGAGGGCCAAAUGUAGCACCUAUGCUGACGAGUUGGCCAAAAUGGAGUUGAAAUGGAAGGAGCAGGUGAAAAUCAGUGAGGAGCUGAAACUGCGCCUUGCGGAGGUGGAAGACCAAUAUAAAGUUGAGUUGGUGCAGAGAGAUCAAGAAAUCCAUGAUAUGACCUUCCAGUUGGAAACUCUCACCAGAGAGAAGGAGGAGAAGGUGCUUACAAGAAGACUUGAAAAUCCAGCAGAAAGAGUCAUGGAAGGUCAGAAUUCCUGGAAAUCCCCUGGGAGCAAUACCCUCAAAGAGCAGAAUGCGCCUGUUCCUUCAGUGCCAAAUAGGAAGCCAGUCCUACAGUUUGGAAAUCCCUAUGCAACCCAGGACACAAGAGAUGGAGCAGAUGGUGCAUUUUACCCAGAUGAAAUCCAGAGGCCACCUGCAAGAACAUUCUUGUGGGAAUUGGAAGACAACGUAGUCUGUAGCCAGCCUGCCCGAAACCUUAGUCGGCCUGAUGGUUUAGAAGACCCUGAAGACAGCAAUGAUGAUGAUGAGAAUGCCCUUACUGCUCCAGAUCCUCCAAGCCAGCUUGUACAUGCUCACCGGACAGGCUUUUGCUUCGAUUCCAGCUUUGAUGUUCACAAGAAGUGUCCCCUCUGUGAAUUAAUGUUCCCUCCCAACUACGACCAGAGCAAGUUUGAAGAACAUGUGGAGAGUCACUGGAAGGUGUGCCCCAUGUGCAGUGAGCAGUUCCCUCCAGACUAUGACCAGCAGGGCUUUGAAAGGCACGUUCAGACCCAUUUUGAUCAGAAUGUUUUAAAUUUUGACUAGAAUGUCACUUUCUUUUAUGCAUUAUUCCAGUUUACCAUUAAAGAAAGAUCACCUCCACUAGCGAAGCCGUAUCAGAUACAGCAUCUACUGCAUUUUCUGACUACUAUUAUCCAUUCCCUGUGCAUUCAGUGCAGUAGAAUUAGCAUCAGGAUCAAUAUUGGGCUUAUCAGCAGAUAGCAAUUUAGCCUCUGUUACUCUCACCUGCUCCAAGAAAAGACAGAAGUCCUCUGUGUGUGCGUAUCAUUAUUUAUUACCCCAAUUGUGAACAUUGUAUCAAUAAAGGGUACAGGGAUUAAUUCUAUGAAAAAUAGAAUUCUAUGGUGGUAGGAAUUUAGCAGACUGAUUAAACAAGUUUCUGUUGAAUAGGUGAUUGAGCAUGAUUAAAUAUUAUGGAAUAAAAGUAUUUCUGAUAGCAAUCUUGUGUAGUAAUUCUUUGGGUAACUUUCAGAAAAUGAUAGAAUUUAGUCUAUGAACAUAGUUUUUUUAAUCCUCUUAGAAGUUUAGAUGCACGUAUGAGAUUACAUGCUUGCAACAUAGCAAAUAACUCUUUUACAUGUGAGAUGUUUGCUUAAGAAAGCACAUUUGCUUUAAUCCAGUAUUUUUAUGAACAAAGAGAAAUAAUUGUAAUUAGAUUUAUCUGGAUGAUUAUUUUUCAAUCACCUGACAGUUGUAUUUAUAGCCAAUGGAAAAGUGGUCUUGGCAGAAUCCCAGGGCAGCACAGCUCUCUCCAUACCAAGCCGUUGCUCAAGGCUCGCAGGGGUGGUUGGUGUGUUUUGCAUAGUUUUCCUGUUGAGCAUAACUUUAAAAAUCACCUUUGUAAUCAAGCAAUUCAAAAUGUGACAAACACACCCAAAUGAAGGUUACGUUUGUCUAUAGUUAAAAUAUGCUUCUUUCUGACUGUAUAGUACUUACUACAUUAAAGGUAAACCAGUA